AUGCCUCAAAGACAGCCAACGCACAUUCUCGUGGUCGGUGCUGGGGCAGUUGGGUGCUUCUAUGCUAGCAAACUCCAUCAUCCCGACGUCGGGAUCUUCGUUUCCCUCGUCUGUCGCUCCAAUUAUCAGACGAUCGCUGCAGAAGGAGUUCAGCUCAAGACCCGCGAUUUUGGUGAAUACCACUUCACACCUCACCGAGUCUUUGCCUCUAUCUCUGACGCUGGCAGAGGAGCUCCCACAGCUGGUCCUGACGGCCACGGAGGCUGGGACUACGUGAUAGUGACCACAAAAGCUCUGCCGGAUCGUGUAGAUGAUGCGGCCUCUGUCGAACAUGUGGUGCGCCAAGGCUCGUCUCCCGGCACAGGCACUACCAUUGUUCUGAUCCAGAAUGGGGUGGGCAUCGAGGCGCCUCAUCGGUUGCGCUUUCCGAACAAUCCAAUCAUCAGCUGCGUGACGGUUAUCUCUGCUGAGCAAGUCUCGCAUGGAAUUGUGGUCCAAAAUCGUUGGACGAGGAUCAGCCUAGGACCUUACUCCGAUGGAGUGGGCAACGAGGCGCAAUCUGCUUCUUCGUCCCCUUCUUCUACUACAACGACCCUCUCAAAUGCCAGCACAGAGAGCAUGCAUCUCCUGCAGUCCUGGUGGGCCAGAGGCGGCAUCAAGGAUGCCGAGCCUCACUCAGAAAAGGAGCUGCAGCUGAUUCGAUGGCACAAGCUCACCAUCAACGCCUCUAUGAAUCCAUCAGCAGUCCUCUCUGGCGGCACAGGAAAUGCAGAUAUGGUCCUCCUGCCGGAGCUCCGCAUGCACAUCAGGGGAGUCAUGGACGAGAUUUUCUACCUCGCCCCUCGUAUCUUACAAGUACGCGAGGGCAGCUUCCCAGAACACCUAGGCUUGGCUAGUGCGGAGAAGAUCAUCAAGAGCACAGAAAGGAACAAAGGUGCAAAACCUUCUAUGCUGCUCGAUUGGGAGGCGGGGAGGCCCAUGGAAUUGGAGGUGAUCUUGGGAAAUCCUGUACGGAUGGCGAGGGAGAGGGGACUGGAAUGCCCGAGGUUGCAGAGCAUGUAUGCUCUACUUAAGGCUGCUCAAGACCGGAGAGAAGAGAAGGGCAAGGAUGCAAAGGUGGGAGAGGGCAGCAAGCUGUGA